CUCUCGAUCACAGCAAAGAGCAAGCCAAUAUCUGAGUGCUCCCGAGUCGUGACUGGAAGGAAGCGUCUUUCACUUUCAAUAUCGCGAGCAUUUACCAAUUCCUUUUUGUUUACAGCGUUGAUCAUUACGGCGACAUGGGAGGAAGCUUCUCCCACUAAAAGAGAGGUCUGGUUUCCGAUGAGCACUUACAACUACAACAAUCCAAAAUUGUGGGGAGCACCUCGUAUUUGAAAUUGUAGGGUAUUAGGAGAUUCAAGUACCAAUGAUGGAUCAAUUCUAUCCGCAGUUGUUAACCCACUAUUUAUUUCACCACCCAUUUGGCAGGUUUUAGUUGUUUGACAUUUGUGGGACUGCCAAUGACCAAGUAGUGCACAUAUCUAAAAUCUUGGUCUUCAUUGUUCAUCAAAUGGAGUUCUUACAAAGAUCCGGCAUUGUUGUUUUGGGCAUCGCCGUUGCUUUCGUGGCUGUUGCUAUUACUGCAGCCUAUUCUUAUUUCACCAAGAAACCCCAAGGCUGCCUAGAUCCUCAAAGAUUCAAAGAAUUCCAACUUGUCAAAAGGAAACAUCUUAAUCAAAAUGUUGCCAGGUUCAAAUUUGCUCUGCCCACCUCUUCAGUGUUGGGUCUUCCUGUUGGACAGCAUAUACGCUGCAGGGGAAAGGAUAGCCAAGGUGAAGAAGUCAUCAAACCAUAUACCCCAAUCACUUUGGAUUCAGAUAUUGGUUACUUUGAGUUAGUUGUAAAGAUGUAUCCAAAUGGAAGGAUGUCCCAUCAUUUUAGGAAGAUGAAGGAAGGCGAUUAUCUGCCUGUUAAGGGCCCAAAGGGUCGUUUCAAAUACAAACCUGGCCAAGUUACAGCAUUUGGGAUGCUUGCUGGAGGCUCUGGCAUUACCCCAAUGUUUCAGCUUAUUCGAGCCGUGUUGGAAAACCCAAAAGAUAAAACCAAUUUGCAUCUUGUUUAUGCUAAUGUCACAGUUGAUGACAUUCUUUUAAAGGAAGAGUUAGAUGGCUUUGCUUGCAAGUUCCCUAACUGUUUCAAAGUCUAUUACGUUCUGAAUCAGCCACCUGAGGGAUGGAACGGUGGCACUGGGUAUGUAUCAGAGGAAAUGAUUCGAAGCCAUUGCCCAGCUCCAGCACCUGACAUUCAGAUAUUGAGGUGCGGUCCACCAGCCAUGAACUUGGCCAUGGCUGCUCACCUCAGCAUGCUGGGAUACAGCUCGGAGAUGCAGUUUGAGCUCUGAUUAUUUAAACUUUGCUUUGUAUUUCUUACAUAAAAUAAACCGAAAAAGAAACAAAUAGGUUGCGAGAUAUUAAAGUGAUUUGUCCAUUCAUGUAAUUUUAACAGGAAACAUUAUUGAUAUUGAAUUGACAUAGCCAUAAACAUAAUUUCAACAGGAAGUAUUAUUCAA